CGGAAGGUGGCGCCUCAGCGAGCCGGACCGCGCGGGGCAGCUGCUCGUCAGAGCGGGUGCGGGAGUUGCUACCGCGGUCGCCGCCAUGAGUCGCAACUACAACGAUGAGCUGCAGUUCUUGGAAAAGAUCGAUAAGAACUCCUGGAGAAUCAAGAAGGGCUUCGUGCCCAACAUGCAGGUUGAAGGAGUUUUCUAUGUGAAUGAUGCUCUGGAAAAAUUAAUGUUUGAGGAAUUAAGGAAUGCCUGUCGAGGUGGUGGAGUUGGUGGCUUCCUGCCUGCCAUGAAACAAAUUGGCAAUGUGGCAGCCCUGCCUGGCAUUGUUCAUCGAUCUAUUGGGCUUCCUGAUGUCCAUUCGGGUUAUGGGUUUGCUAUUGGGAAUAUGGCAGCCUUUGAUAUGAAUGACCCUGAAGCGGUGGUGUCCCCAGGUGGCGUCGGAUUUGACAUCAACUGUGGUGUGCGCCUGUUGAGAACCAAUUUAGAUGAAAGUGAUGUCCAGCCCGUGAAGGAGCAACUCGCCCAAGCUAUGUUUGACCACAUUCCUGUUGGGGUGGGAUCCAAAGGUGUCAUCCCAAUGAAUGCCAAAGACUUGGAAGAGGCCUUGGAGAUGGGUGUGGACUGGUCCCUGCGAGAAGGCUAUGCCUGGGCUGAAGAUAAGGAGCAUUGUGAGGAGUACGGAAGGAUGCUGCAAGCUGACCCCAAUAAGGUCUCCGCCAGGGCUAAAAAAAGAGGCCUUCCUCAGUUGGGGACCCUGGGAGCAGGUAACCACUAUGCAGAAAUCCAGGUUGUGGACGAGAUUUUCAAUGACUACGCUGCUAAGAAAAUGGGCAUUGACCAUAAAGGACAGGUGUGUGUGAUGAUCCACAGCGGAAGCAGAGGCUUGGGCCACCAGGUAGCCACAGAUGCCCUGGUUGCUAUGGAAAAAGCUAUGAAGAGAGACAAGAUUAUCGUCAAUGACCGUCAGCUGGCCUGUGCUCGAAUCGCCUCCGCAGAGGGUCAGGACUACCUGAAGGGCAUGGCGGCCGCUGGGAACUACGCAUGGGUCAACCGCUCUUCGAUGACCUUCCUAACCCGUCAGGCUUUUGCCAAGGUCUUCAACACAACCCCUGAUGACCUGGACCUCCACGUGAUCUAUGAUGUUUCUCACAAUAUCGCCAAAGUGGAACAGCAUGUGGUGGACGGAAAGGAGAGGACGCUGUUAGUCCACCGGAAGGGGUCCACCCGAGCUUUCCCUCCUCACCACCCCCUCAUUGCUGUUGAUUACCAACUCACUGGACAACCAGUGCUCAUCGGUGGCACCAUGGGAACCUGCAGUUACGUUCUUACUGGCACUGAGCAGGGCAUGACUGAGACCUUUGGAACCACCUGUCAUGGAGCGGGCCGUGCAUUGUCCCGAGCAAAAUCUCGACGUAAUUUAGAUUUCCAGGAUGUCUUAGACAAAUUGGCAGAUAUGGGGAUUGCAAUCCGUGUUGCCUCACCCAAACUGGUUAUGGAAGAGGCUCCUGAGUCCUAUAAGAACGUGACCGAUGUGGUGAACACCUGCCAUGAUGCUGGAAUCAGCAAGAAGGCCAUUAAACUGAGACCGAUUGCUGUUAUCAAAGGCUAGAACCCUAACUGUGGCCCCCGAAACCGCUGCCCCUCCCUGAGGUGGACGUGGACUGCAGUGCUCUUCAGACAUCAGACUUAAGAAACCUGACGGGUUCCAGAAUGUGCGGCUGUAACUACCCAGAUGGUUGACCAGGAGGCUGCUGCUUCAGGAGCUGUGGAAUUCCCUUCUGGGAGGAGUCACAUUGCCCUCAUUUGGAAAGGGAUGUGUGUGCUUCCUCCCUGGUUGUCUCACCGAUUCUUAGGAAAAUUCAUUAGCUGGUGGGGAUAGGUCAAGAAACUGCCUUACUCAGUCAUACGAGUCUUUAAUCAUCAGAAUGGACUUCUCAUACCAAGCUCUCUUUACAUCCUGAGAGAUGUCAUAAAGAACAUUCUAUGAAAUGAGAAGGUUUUGGCACGUUUCCUUUCUGCCCUCCUUUUGUCAUUUUGUCCAUUCAUCUACCAUCUGUCCCCUUCCCCGGCACUGAGCAAAACCCUAAAUACCAGUCUUACCCAGAGAGCACCCACGGGGCCAUACCCGGGUAUUAGAUGAAUGGCUGGUGGGACACACGGAGGAGGGAGUAUGUGUGGAAGUAUGAGAAUAGAGACCCACAAGAGAAAAUAGUGUUGUUGGACUUGCUACCUUUCUCGUUCUAAAUUUAAGGCAGAGUUUUGACUUACCAGCAAAUGGUAUCAUCAGCUGGUAUCUGUCAUUAAUUAAGCCUCGUCUGGCAGACUUUUGUUGAAUAAUAACUUGCACAGUAGCAGCAAAGAAUCCUCACAUAAAACUCAAUAUCUUUACAUGGGUGAUUGAAUUAUUAUAAAAACAGUAAAGGACCACAUCUGUUGUGAUGUUAAUGAUUGCUCUGUGUUGACAGGUUGACUGUUCUUGUGCCACCAAAUUAGAUUUCAUGGUAUACACUGUGACACCUCGAAGAUGUGCAGGUCAGAGGUGACUAAAGCCGUGGUGGAGUCCAAAUAGCCAGGAAAAUAGAAAAAUCUAAUAAAGUUGCAAUACAUUGUUUA